UGCUCUCCGUAGAAUCUCCUGCGCUUAAUACAGGGCUUCUCACAUAGAAUUUCUUCAACUUGUUUGUAUAAAUGAGUGAAAUCUGAAACCGAAAUUUUCUGACGCACUCUAAAUUUGACUACUUCUAGUCUGGGGAAAAUAUGUCACAGUGAUGCGGGAGGCUGGGAAUAAAGUAACGUGGAUGUUACUCCUCUGAGAUAAAAGUUACCAUAAAUUUCAAAGGACUACGGGCCGCUUCGGGUACGUCGUGGGAACAAUUCAGGACGGUUCAGUCUUCGAAGAUUCGACUUCCACUGAGAACGCAACCACCACUGAGGAUACAUGCGCAGAACGACAGUUUGUUACAGCCAGAAAAACCCAGGUCGCGGUUGGGUCCCUCACUUCCGUACAAAGACCCAAGAUGGCGGGGCCCGUGAUCGAAGACCAGAUUCAAGAUGGGGGCUUCCGGCUUCCCCCGUAGCGUCGCACGCAGCCACCAAGGCCACGCCCACUUCCGGCUCCUCCUCGCAGCAUGGCUGCUUUAGGAGCUGUGCUCUCGAUAGGGGUCCGAAGGCUGCACUGCAGCGCGGCGGCUUGGGCGGGCAGCCAGUGGCGACUCCAGCAGGGCCUGGCUGCCAACCCCAACGGCUACGGGCCCCUUACGGAGCUCCCAGACUGGUCCUACGCGGAGACGAGUUGUACUGCUGUCACAGGAAAUGGACGCUGGAUUACAAGCAUGGCAGCUCAGGCAGCAGAAGUUGCAGGAAGAAGAAAGGAAGCAGAACGCUCUUAAACCCAAAGGAGCUUCACUGCAGAGCUCACUUCCAAGUCAAUAAAAAGUGACUCCUGCCUCCUUUG